GUUUACCAUAUACCAGUUUUCAGGAUCUUGUAGUACCAACGCAAAACCAUAAUAAAUAAAUAAAUAAAAUAAAAUAAAAUAAAAAUCACCUUGUGAAUUUUGCUUUUCUUACAAUCCGAAUUUCGUCGUCUUAACAGAUCCGAAUCUUGCUUGGGAGGAGGGAGUUGAAUGUUGAGAUGUCUGAGAAUCACGUAGCAGAGCAGGUUUCGGAAGCGGAUUCGGAUUCGGGUCCUCAUGUAUCAAACACUGAUGCAUAUCAAGAUCAGCAGGGAGAGCGUGAUGAUAUUAAGGAUGGAGUUUUGGGGGAGGCUGAAGAUGGAAAAUCUACAGAGGAUACUGCCAGAGAUGACAUGUUUGUUGAUUGCCCUGAUGAGUUAACCACAUUCGAUGGUAGGCAAAAGGAAGAAGAAGUUGCAGCUGUGGAAAAUGAAGAUGACAAGUUAGAGGAAAAUCAAGUUAUGCAUCAACAACAGAAUCAUUUUGUUGAAUUGGGCAAUGGAGUGGGAGAUGGUUAUUCCCAAGGCCAGCUGGAGAAGGCUGUUGCUGAGAAAGAAAGUAUUGUGCAAGAAUACCAGGAAGAAAUGCGAACUGUUACCCAGGGAGUGCUUGAUCUUCAUUCUCAGCUAAAGGCUCUCACGGGUCAACAGAAUGAAGCUGGAGUUGGAUCUAGGGAAGUGACUGAUGUUCCAGUAAGGGGGAUGAUAAAAGAAUGUUUGGAGUUUGUGAAAACUGAUUCAGAAGAACGAUUGAACAGUGAAACCACUAUCAGUAGUCUUCGUGAACAUCUGUCUAUGAAGGACCUUGAGAUAGAGGAUCUUAAUGCAAAGCUUGCCCAAUUAACGGUAUCUAAUGAAAGUUUGCAAGUUUCAUCAGAAGCUCAGCUUGAAAAGGAUCGUAAUGUUGAGAUUGUGAUAGAUAAGAUGCUAUCCUCUCUUGCAACAGUUGUUACUCGGGAGCAAGUAUUGGAUGAUUCAAUUAGCGGGAAAAUAGUUAACAUUGAGGAAGGAACUAUGCUUUUAAUAGAAAAGUAUAAUCAGAUACUUUCUGAAAUUUAUCAACUCGGGCAAUCUUUCUCUGAGGUAGGCUUGGACACUAAAGAGCAGGAAUAUGAGAGCAUACUUGUUGAUGCUCGUGGUGGGUUACUGGAUCUCAAAAGAAAGGAAACAGAAUUGGUUGAAAAACUGGCUCAGUUAGAAGAUGAAAAUCGGAAACUGGUUGAAGAGCUUGACAAGGAAAAGUUGAUAAUAGGGACAUUAAAUACUGAACUUGGAAAUGUGAAAAUAGAACUUGAGCAGGAAAAGGUUAAAUGUGGUAAUACGAAAGAAAAGCUUAGUAUGGCUGUGACAAAAGGAAAGGCAUUAGUACAGCAGAGAGAUUCAUUAAAGAUGUCACUGGCUGAAAAAUCCAGUGAGCUCGAGAAAUGUUUGAUUGAAUUGCAAGAGAAGUCAGUUGCUCUAGAAGCUGCUGAACUUGCUAAAGAGGAGUUGGCCCAAAGUGAAAAUAUGGUUGCAUCCCUGCAGAAUUCUUUACUACAAAAUAAUGCAAUUUUUGAUCAAGUGAAAGAAAUCUUGUCUCAUGCCAAUCCCGAUGAACCUGAAAUGUUUGAUAUGCCAGAGAGACUAAGAUGGCUUGUGGAGGACAGAAAUGCAGUUAAGGAUGCCUUCCUGGAGCUAAGCAAAUUGAAGGAAACUCUAUCUCUAGCAGACCUACCAGAACCUAUUUCAUCUUCUGAUUUGGAAUCACAAAUAAAUUGGGUUACAAAUUCUUUCCAUAGGGCCCAGGAUGAUGUGUAUACUCUACAGGAAGAAAUUUCUACAAUCAAUGAAGCAUCCCAUAAUUAUAUUGAUCGGUUGAGUGUUUCUUUUUUGCUGGAAUUACAGGAGAAAGAUUACCUUCUUUCAGAAUUAACUGAUUGGAGGUUCAAAUAUGAUGAGCUUGUUGGCAAGAACCAUCAAAUUUCUUUGGAGAAGGAUCAGAUAGUGAAUAUGUUAGUCGAUUUUUGUGGCCUAAACAUGGAAGAUGAAGGGAUUGAUCAAUUCUCUUCCAGCACUUCGCGAAUCAUUGAUUUAUGCUUUGAAGUUAUAAGAGGACAGAGUGGUCCCUUCUCUAGAGCAUCUCAUAUUGAUGCUGAGUUGUUUGAAAGGGUUCAAAGUCUAUUGUACGUUAGAGAUCAGGGAUUAAUACUCUACGAAGAUAUACUGGAAGAAGAGAUGCUAAUUAGAUCAGAUGUGAAUAAGCUUUUAACUGAGUUGAAAAUGGCAUCUGAAAAAAUUGUAGCACUGAAUGAAGAAAGGAAUUCUCUGCUGCAGGAUCUUGAACGAUCAGAGGAGAAGACUGCCAUGCUUAGGGAUAAAUUGUCCAUGGCAGUUAAGAAAGGAAAGGGGCUGGUUCAAGAUAGGGACAAUCUAAAAAGUCUUCUAAAUGAAAGGAACUCAGAGAUUGAACAGUUAAAGGUUGAUUUGCAGAAGCAAGAUUUUGCUGUUUUUGAAUACAAGGAUGAGAUCAACAGAUUGUCCAAUGACUUGGAAAGCAUUCCUAAGCUAGAGGCUGAUCUGCUGGAAAUGAAAAGGGAAAGGAAUCAGUUUGAGCAAUUUUUAAAUGAGAGCAAUAGCAUGUUACAGAGAGUGAUGGAGUGUAUUGAUGGUAUCAUUCUUCCAGUUGAUCCAGUUUUUGAUGAACCAAUAGAAAAGGUGAAGUGGCUUGGUGGUUAUGUCAUUGAGUGCCGAGAUGCCAAGGUACGAGUAGAACAAGAGUUGCAGCUAGCAAAGGAGGAUGCCAGUAUACUUGAAAUUAAAUUAGCAGAUGCCCAAGCAACUGUACAAUCACUUGAACAGGGAUUAUCAUCUUCAGAGGACAGUGUUUCUCAACUUGCUGAAGAAAAGAUAGAGUUAGAACACAGGAAAGCAAAAGUUGAUGAAGAGUUACAGAAAGUUAAAGAAAAAGUUGCUGAGGUCUGUAGCACUACUAAGUCACUUGAAGAUGCUUUAUCACAGGCAGAAGAAGAUAUUUCUCUUCUUUCCAAUGAGAAAGAGCAGGCUCAAAUUAGUAGAGUUGCUGCAGAGACAGAGUUAGAGAGCAUUAAAGAUGAAGCAUCCAGGCAGACAAGCAAACUGGAAGAGGCCAGCAGGACCAUAAAGGAUCUAGAAGAUAAACUAUCUCUGGUUGAGAGUAAUGCCCAUUUAUUGACUGAAAAGUAUAAUGCUGAUCAAGUUGUCAAGGUUGAUAUGGAAAAUGAAUUGAAGAAGCUGCAAGAUGAAGCUGAAAAUCAUGCUAGCAAAUUGGUAGGUGCCUCUGCAACUAUAAAAUCACUGCAGGAUGCAUUAUCAAAGGCACAAGAUGAUAUUUCUGCCCUAGAAGAUGCAAAUAAAAUUGCUAAUCAGGAGAUAUCCUCACUUGGUUUUAAGUUAAAUUCAUGCAUGGAUGAGUUAGCAGGAAAGAAUGGAAGCUUAGAAAACAGGUCCCUAGAGCUCAUCGGACUCCUUAAUGAUCUUCAGCUGCUUAUGAAAGACAAUACUCUAUUUCCCAGAAUAAAGCAAUGCUUUGAGAGGAAAUGUGAGACCUUGAAAAAUAUGAAUAUCAUUAUGAACAAAAUAAGAAACCAUGUUGCCAUGACUGCAACGGAUUCUGAAGAACACCUUGUUAUAGAGCAAAAUCCACUUGUGAGACAAGCAUUCUUGGAUGACCUUGAAAAUUUUGAAGUUGAACUGGACAAUAGAGAGAUUGAUGGUGUUGAUAUUGACACCAUUAUCUCAUCAUUUGGAAAGAUUGUGAAAGGAUUUCAGUUGAGAAACAAACACAUUGCAGAUAAGUUUGAUGAAUUUUCUGAUUCAAUUGAUGAGUUUAUUUCUCCUCUCCAUGAAAAGCUGCUGGAAACAGAGACCAUCUCAACAACUAUUGUUGAGCACAUGGAAGUUAUGAAAGAAAAAGCAAAUACCAUGGAGAAGUUGAAAGAAGAAAAGGAAAAUAUUAUUGCCACUUUAGAGAAUGAUGUCAAUGCAUUGCUGUCUGCAUGCAAUAAUUCUACCAGUGCACUUCAGAGUGAAGUUGACAAGAAUAUUGGGCAACCAGGCUUCACAUCUGAGGUUCAGAAAUUAAACCUUGAAGGAGAUGCACAAGCAGAUACUCAUAAGAACAGCAAAUACGCAGAAGCCACACAGAAGUUGAUAAAUGCUUCUAGAAAAGCUCAAACUUUGAUUAGACAGUUUGAUUGUAGAAGUGAGCAGUUAGCUGCAACAAUUGAAGAUUUGCAGAAUAAGUUGAAAGAAACAACAGUUGCUAUCGAAAUAGUCACAGAUGAGAGAGACUUAAAUAAAAACAGAGUUUUGCAACUGGAGUCUGAUGGUCAAUCAUUGCAAAGUGCUUGCAGUGAGCUUAAGGAUAAGUUAGAGGCUUAUCAUGCCCUAGAAGAAAAAUUGGAGGAAAAAGAGGCUGAGAUUUCAUCAUUGCAGAAUACUUUGUUGGCAAAAGAAGAAGAAAGCUCCCUCCUUCCAGCAUCUCUGAUGAGAAAUCUCUUAGACAAGAUAGAUAGGAUAAAAAUCCCCCUUGUAGAGUCUGAAGAAGAUGAUAUGGAGCCACAAACUUCAGCCCCCGUUAAAAAACUCUCUUACAUUAUUGAUAGUGUUACUAGGUUGCAUGAUCAAAUAAACUCUCUGUCUCAUGAUAAAGAAAAGCUGCAAUCAAACCUUGAAACUAAGGAUUUUGUUAUUAAGGAUCUGAAGGAAGAAGUUAAACAGCUCAAUAGAAACUCUGAAGACACAAACCUGAUCAAGAAUGAAUUGUCUGAGCUCAAUUAUGUAUUAGAAAAAAUUAUGGAUAUUUUGGGAGCCAGUGAAUGGGUUGUAGAUAGAAAAUCUAUAGGCGUGAAGGAAUUAAUACCAGCAUUGGAAAAACAUAUAAUUGCCAUUCUUUCAGAAUCUGAAAAUUCAAAAUCCAAGGCCCAGGAACUUGGUAUUAAGUUAGUUGGAAGUCAGAAGGUUAUUGAUGAAUUAAUGACCAAGAUUAAAUUACUUGAAGAUUCACUUCAAGAUAGGACUUCUCAGCCGGAUGUUGUCCAGGAGAGGAGCAUAUAUGAAUCAUCCUCAUUGCCUGCUGGGUCUGAGAUAACUGAAGUUGAAGAGGGAUCACUUGGCAAGAAAGCAAUAUCUCCUGUCCCAUCAGCUGCUCAUGUGCGGAAUAUGCGAAAAGGAUCUACUGACCAUCUUGCACUUGAUAUUAAUGAGGAGUCUAAUCAUUUGAUUAACAGUGCUGAUACGGAUGAUGACAAAGGUCAUGCAUUCAAGUCCCUGAACACUUCUGGAUUUGUACCAAAACAAGGAAAGCUCAUUGCAGAUCGUAUUGAUGGAAUCUGGGUAUCUGGUGGUCGGGUUCUCAUGAGUCGUCCUAGAGCAAGAUUAGGACUUAUUGGUUAUUUGCUCCUCUUGCAUAUAUGGCUACUGGGAACGAUCUUGUAGAAAACUUGUGAUCAAACCUACCUGGACUGCUCAACAUUGAAUGUUCUGCAUCUGCAAAGUGUAUUAUAGAUAUGUAGUUGUCCCUUUUUAUUCGUGUCUUUCUUUCUGCUUCUUAAUGAAGCCUAACCUGUUUUCCCUUAGUCUCAUCAAACCCAUUAUUUGUUCUCUGCAAUCACAUUUUAGGGAUUCAGAGACUCUGGUUUUUAAUGUUUGGGCUAACUUUUUGACAGCCUUCCUUUUUCUAAAACGAAGUCCCUCCAUUGUAUUGGUCUACAAAUUGUUUCAAAAUCGAUGAGGUGGGUAGAAAAUAGGGAGAUGAAUUCUUUCGCUUGUUAAUGUAAUAAAAAUGUAGAAAGAUUUAGAGUGACUCAUUUAUAUCCCAAGUAGUGAAUAAUAAUUAAGAUACAGAGACCAAUUAAAGGAUUCCUCUUUCCUCUCCUUUUGAAGGAAAACUCAAAACUCUUUUUGUUUGUUCUCGUUCUAUGGAUAAUCAUCUCAAUUUAUUUGUUGUAAAUAGCAUACACAUGCUUAUAAAUAAAAAUUGUGGGUGUGUAAGAGCAAGUUU